CGAAGUUUGACCGUGUUGCGCUUUAAUGUUCGCUGACAGACGGAUCGCUCGGGAACAGGCAUGUAGUGAUGGUUGAUGCGUUUCGUAGUGGGUUUUCAAGUUGUGCGGUAAAGCAAGCCUUCCCAAGGCUUUAGGAACGAUGUGGAGUGUGCUGAAUAUUUUUUGGUUUUUGACGAUUUUUGUGAACGCCAAAGCAGCUGGAUUUUAUUAUCAGAGGCUCAAGACAAGUGAAGGAAAAACAUGUAGACCAAGACUAGAAGCAAAGUUGUACCCUAAAUAUUGUGGGAGUCAUACGCCCUGCGAGAAUAUCAAAGAUUGCACCAAACCGAACGACCAAUGCAUAUGCGACGAGGACUGUGGAAAUAUAUGCACAGAUCCGACCACAAAUUGUACAACUGGCUGGUGCACGAAUGGAGGGGUGUGCUCAGAAGCCGGAGGAGUCGUUACCUGCAGCUGCCCGGAAAACUUCACAGGGGCACGAUGUGAAAUAGAUGUUGACGAGUGUACGACGUUGAGUCAGCCAUGCCAGAAUGGCGGCACAUGCUCAAAUGUGUAUGGCGGUUAUAUGUGCCGGUGCAUCACGGGUUGGGAUGGUGCCGAUUGCUCAGUGAAUAUCGAUGAAUGCAAGCAGAACGACCCUUUUCCCAUGUGCCAACAUGGGGGAACUUGUGUGGACAAAAUCGGCUCUUACACCUGCAUUUGCCCACCUGGAAAAACAGGCCUCAUCUGUAAUUUUGAUGACGAGUGCGCGUCAAACCCGUGUAGCGCAAAUGCGACUUGCGUUACCUCUUUCUCUGGCAAGGCCUCGUGUAUUUGUAACAGCGGCUGGACCGGAAAGAACUGUGACGUGGAUAUAAAGGAGUGUGAAGGUGACUCGUCACCCUGUUACCAUGGAGGCACAUGCCGGGAUAUUCCAGGAAGCUUUGUGUGUGACUGCGUGCCUGGUUUCGCAGGAGCACGAUGCGAAGAUAACAUCAACGAAUGCGAAUCGAACCCUUGUGUGCAUGGGCUUUGCUUGGAUUACCAAAACAAAUUCGAGUGCGCUUGCAGCAAGGGCUAUACCGGGCGCCUUUGCGACGUCGAAAUCAAUGAAUGCGACAGUAACCCCUGCCUUAAUGGCGGCCAAUGUCACGAUGGCCUUGGUAAUUACUCAUGCACCUGCCAGGUGGGGUACGUCGGCGAGAUUUGUCAGACGAACUAUGACGACUGCGCGUCCAAUCCCUGCCAGAAUGAUGGAACUUGUCAAGAUGGGAUUGCCCAGUACACUUGCUUGUGCCCUCUUGGAUUUACCGGGAAAAGCUGCGAGACGAACACUAACGAGUGCGCUGGCAACCCUUGUAUGAAUAUGGGUACUUGUAUCGAUGGCAUAAAUAGCUUCAGGUGCCAGUGCCCGCUGGGGUUCACGGGGAAUCGUUGUGAGACUGAGAUUGAUGAGUGUGAAAGCUCACCGUGUCAAAACGGAGGCACAUGCAAGGAUAAGAUUAACGGAUACGUGUGUAUCUGUCCUCCUGGCGCAAGUGGCACUCACUGUGAGAACGACCCAAAUGACUGUCCAGCCAAUGCCUGUCAGAACGGCGGAGUUUGCAUCGAUGGAAUGAAUACCUACUCUUGUAAAUGUCAUCCGGGUUUUACUGGCUUCAGCUGUGGCGUCCCUGUCAAUGAGUGUGCUUCCUCGCCCUGUCGUAAUGGCGGGACUUGUGAGGAUGGCGUGGCCCAGUAUUAUUGCAGAUGUCGUGAUGGUUAUACUGGUAAAAACUGCGAAGUUCGGAUUGAUAGUUGUAUCGACCACACGUGUCAAAAUGGCGCCUCCUGUGUGAGCUCAACACCGUACGCGUAUUCCUGUCAGUGUAAACCUGGUUAUACCGGACAGUACUGCGAGACUGACGUAGAUGAAUGUGCUGCGAGACCCUGUGUAAACGGGGCAUGCGUGGAUGGUGUCAAUGGGUUCAUAUGUCGAUGCGAUCCUGGCUUCACUGGCGAUCGUUGCCAUAUCAACGUCGAUGACUGUCAAUCAAGCCCUUGUGUCCAUGGCGGCUCUUGUAUCGACAGCAUCAAUACAUACACAUGUCAGUGCCCCAAAGGCUUCACAGGCCCACGAUGCGAGAUCCACAUCAACGAGUGCUCCUCCGAUCCCUGUCAACACGGUGGCACUUGUAGUGACAGGAUCGGCUCGUACAGCUGUUACUGCAGACCUGGAUACACUGGGAGUAACUGCCAACACCCACUCGACAGGUGCGCUAACGACCCAUGCCGUAACGGAGCAACAUGCCGAAGGACAGGCGAGGAUUUAUCCGAUUUCCACUGCGAGUGCCCGCUCGGCUACAAAGGCACUAUUUGUGACGUCAAAGAGGUGUCCUGUGCAGUCGCGGGUACUAUCUGCGCGAAUGGGGGGACCUGUUUUGACUCGAAUGGAGUGCAGUCGUGUACGUGUAAACCUGGCUUUACUGGGAGUUAUUGUAGGACGAACAUUGACGAGUGCGCUAAGGGGCCUUGCAAGUACGGGGCUACAUGUCAUGACGCUGUGGCCAACUACACUUGCACCUGUACCGCGGGAUUCACUGGGAAAAACUGCGAUAUCAAUAUCAACGAAUGCGCCUCAAAUCCGUGCCAGCGCGGGUCGUGCCUGGAUUUGGUCAAUGGCUACCUUUGCUCCUGCCCCAAAGGAUAUAUUGGCAAACACUGUGAAGUCAACGCUGAUGAUUGUUUCGUAAACGCCUGCUUCAAUGGUGGUUCGUGCGUUGAUGGUAUUGCAGAGUUCAAGUGCACGUGCCCGCUAGGCUUUUCGGGAUCGCGAUGUGAGGUUGACGUCGACGAGUGUGCUUCCAGCCCAUGCUCCGCGCUCGGAACCGAGAAAUGUAUAAAUAACAUUGGUGCCUACCACUGCCAGUGUAAACAAGGCUUCCUUGGUCGUCACUGCGACUUGAACAUCAACGAGUGCCUAUCGUACCCGUGCCGUAAUGGAGGCGAGUGUAAAGAUGGUGCCGGGGAGUACACAUGUCUUUGUCCUCACGGAUUCUCAGGAGAUGACUGUGAGCGCCGCGUUUACACGUGCAGUGACCAGCCCUGUCUCAACAGUGGCACCUGCCGUACCGUUCACAACACGUACAACUGCAGCUGUAGGCCGGGGGUGUACGGUAAACAGUGCGAGUGGAACAAGAAUGAAUGCCUCUCAGCUCCUUGUAGGAAUGGUGGAACGUGCAUCGACGGGUAUGGAUCCUACUCAUGCAAAUGUCCGUUGGGUUUCGCCGGCGCAAACUGCGAGGAGAGCAUCAACGAGUGCCUGAGUCAGCCGUGUAAGAAUGGAGGAAGCUGUCGAGAUAUCGUGAAUGGCUAUAAGUGUGACUGCCCCUCUAAGAUAAUAGGCAAGAACUGCGAAACGGUUGUUAAGGACCAGUGCCCUGUUCUCAACUGUGCUAAGAAAUUCGACGGUGGGAAAUGCAACCCCAAAUGUAACACGCACGAGUGUAACUGGGACGGUACUACAUGCUCGCUCGGCAUCGAGCCCUGGUCCAACUGUACCACCGUGACCAAAUCUGGCAAGGCCUGCUACCAAGUAUUCGCCAACGGAGUUUGCGAUCGUGAGUGCAACACUGGAGGUUGUCUGUUCGACGGGUUCGACUGCAAGCCGUCGGUGCCUAAGUGUGGCGCCGAUAAGUAUUGUGCGUCGAGGUUUGCGAAUGCCGAGUGUGAUGCGAUUUGUAAUAACGUGGCGUGUCAGAACGACGGGUUGGACUGCAGCUUCAAGAAGCCGGAAAUCGUAGAAGGGACCUUAGUCCUCGUGCUACUAGUAGUGCCGGAGGCGUUCAUGAAUGGAUCACGUGUGUUCAUGCGCGAGUUAUCCAGGACCUUGAACACCAUUGCGUUUAUUAAGAAGGACUCGGAAGGAAAAGAGCUGGUCAAGGUAUACCCCCUCCCCCCUUCAGCACCAGUCCCGGCCGAGCGGAGGAAGAGAUCAGCUGAGAAGAUUUGGUUCAUUGAUUCGGAUUUGACGGAGAGUCAUCGCUUCAGGCGCGCCGCUGUGCAAAAGAAUGGGGUUCAAGUCCAGAUAAACCUGGACAACCGAGGCUGUGAGACAGAUUGUUUCCAGAGCACAGAGCAAGCGGCGAAAUACUUGGGUGCCCAACAGUCGACCGGCAAACUCAACCUGCCUUAUCCCGUAUACUCUGUCAAAACUGAGGAAAAACCCACCGUGGAACCCGAAACAGGAUUCCAACCCGAGCCUUUGUGGAUUGCAAUUCUUUGCGUAGGAGUACCACUGUUCAUCGUUGGUGUGCUCGCAGGCGGUAAGCGCGUCUACACCAAACUCUGGCUACCGGAAGGUUUCGUGCGCCGGCCUGUACAUCAGAGGCGAUCACUCAGGCGGGAUCCAGUUGGACAGGAACACUCCAUGAGGUCGAUGAAUAAAAGUUCAGACUUGGAAGAGGAGGGAGCGGUGGGUGGGGAUCUAACGCCGCCACAGGAAGCCCGCGACGCAAAGCGCGUCAAGCUUGAAGAAGUAGACGAAUCACAGCGGGUAAAAGUGAGCGAAAAAGAGAAAGACACUCGGCAAUGGACGCGUCUGCAUCGUGAGGCGGCGGACGUCACUGUACGCAACUGCACGGCACUUGCCCUCACCCCACCCCAGGAGGGAGAGUCAGAGAAACCGGGUAUAGAUACGGGUGUUGACGCGCGCGGGCCGGGCGGAUUUACGCCUCUUCACCUCGCCUCGUGUCGGGGGACUCUCGUGGACGGCUGCAGCAUCGACGACGAUAAAGAGAGUGAUGAUAGCGGAGGCGCUAUGGUGUCCGAUCUACUGGCUUUAGGUGCGAGUUACGGCGCGAGGACUGACAUCGAGAAAGAGACGCCGCUACAUCUUGCCGCGCGGCACUCGCGCGCAGACGCCGCUAAGAGACUGCUUCACGCGGGGGCUGACCCCAAUGCGCGAGACAAGCUUGGACGAACGCCUCUUCAUCUCGCUGUUGGAGCUGACGCCCAGGGAGUAUUCCAGAUUUUACUGCGCAAUCGCACUACGGAUUUAGAGGCCGCAAUGGAGGACGGGACGACUCCCCUGAUUCUCGCUGCGCGUCUUGACUUAUUGGACAUCGUAAAGGACCUCAUUAAAGCGAGCUGUAAAGUCAACAACGUCGAUGCUCAAGGCAAGUCUGCGUUACAUUGGGCAGCGGCUGUCAAUAGCCACGAAGUGACGUCGGAGCUGUGCAAAAAUGGCGCCAAAAAGGACAUGCAGGAUGAUAAGGGCCAGACGCCAUUGUUCUUGGGAGCACGCGAGGGCUCUAUAGAAGCAGUUAGAAUCUUACUACUGAGUUAUGCAAACCGUAUGAUCGCCGAUAACAUGGACAAGACUCCUGAGGAGGUGGCAAGGCAGCGUGCGCAUAAUGACAUAGUGGAGUUAUUAUCAGACUGGUCAAUCGGGUGCAAUUCACCAAAGGCUGCGCCUGCACCUACCUCACCACCAGAUCAGCGGUCACCCCUCAACGGCACUGCCUCGCCUCCAAGCAUGGAUCAAAUAUCGGGAAACAAGGUGGUGACACAUUUUCCUGUAUCCGCCGGUACCACCCGACCAAAAACCAACUCCACAAGCACGCGAGGCGCCAGGUCAAAAGUGCAGAACGAAAAUGGCGCGAAAAGGAAGCGAAAGCGGCGUAAGGAUGAGGAUCUCCCGCACGGUAAUCGCAAGGCGAGUCAGGGGGGAGCAAGUUCCACCUACUCACCCUACGGGAAAGAGUUAUCUCCUUGCAGCAGCGGGGCGAACUUCUCUCCCCCGGCUUUCUCCGUCGUGAACGGGCUCUCGCCCCAGGGCAGCUCCGCUACAGGGGUUUCGCCUUCGAAUUCAACAACGCUGUCGCCGCAGCAGCAUUCCUCGCUGGAUGCUAACUCGCCCCAGUUCCCGCUAUCGGACUCUCCGUUCGAUGAUGGAUAUCUUGAUCUGGAUAUCUUUGAAGAUCUGACGGAUCAGGAUCUUCACGGUGACUUUGCCAGCCCCGCCUGCGGUCUAAGGGGCAGCACAUCUGACCUUCAUGACUCCAUUUCCAUGCUCCCUGAGACGACUAUAGGCCCAGUCCCUCAGGACUCCAGCGUGCCCACGACCUCGGCUUGCAUGUAUCUGCCGCGGCAUAGCGUUGCGCCGUUUGGACACACGGCCCCGAGACUAUAUUCUGCUCAUAGCAGCCCGAACUUGUGCGCCGACAACGAGUCGCGGCAACUUAUAGUAGCACAUUCCAUAAACGGUUAUCCGUCCAAUCAGAGCUCUAUCCAGGCUUGUAAGUUAUCAAAUAGACUUGAAGAACACGUUAUGAUGGAAACCACCCUGCAUCACAAUAAUCAGUCCAUGUGUGUUCCUGUGGAAUCUGGAAUGUUUCGUGAAAAGCACCACACCCCGCCCUCCGCACACUCGUACGGGACAUCAUCUUACGACUCAUCUCCACAAAAACUACCCAUCUCCUACCUCACUCCCUCCCCGGAGUCGCCUAAAGAUUGGUCAUCUUCGCCCUCCUCGCACUCUGAUUGGUCAAAUUGCUAAGACUCGUAAUGUUAUUGGUCAAAGUCUGCCCCGGAAUGCGAAUAGUCUCCUUGGUCUACUCUGAGCACAACACGCCCAGGGAUCUGAUUGGCCAGCAGGCUGGUGUUCCUAUUGGCUGGAAGUGAGUUCGCCUCUUUAAGGCGGGUUUUACAGACAUUGUAUAUUUCACAGGAAUAUUUCAGGAUCUAAAAGAAUUCAGAACCGUUGAGAGUCGUAAAAUAUAUACAGAUAUGCCCAUAGAGAUUUAUAUACAUAGAUACUGUUAGCUAUAAUAAUAUAGCCGCUGAGAUGAGGCUUUUUUUUAGUCCCACGUUAGGUUCUCCCUGGGAGACUCAUAGGAAUUUUGUAUCGAAGGACCUGGCAUUGGGUCGUGGACAUAUAUCGAGGAUUAGGAAUAACAGUCUUUCCUAUUAUUUUAAGAUGUUUUUAUUCUCGGGGCUCCUGUGGACAGAAUGCACAGGGAUCCGAGACUAAAGUAACACUGACAUACUAAAUGUUUAUUUGAUUAAACAACUUGUUACAACUGACUAAAUCAUGAUAAGGUUGUGAAUUGUACGCUAAUUGUAGCGUUUUCUGGGUGUCCUUCAAGUUUGCGGAUUUCAAAGCAAAGUGAGAUCCGCCAUCUUGGACCAUCUUGGAUAACCUUAAAGAACGUGAUGUUUAAGGCACCGACGGGAACAAGAAACUACUAUUUUGAGUAAGAGUACACUUGAAGUCUUGCUACAGAUUGUUUUCUUUUUUUAAAACCUUUUGCUUUAUUACAAUCUUGACUUAAAGUUGGAAGUUGAGUAGCUACUAGGUCUAACUCGAGCACAAAAAAACAUCAAGAACGAUCUUACGAUUGACUUAUGCUCGGCUCACUACACGAACAACCGUUGCGUUAAGGAUCCACGUCGCCUUAAUCGAUUUAAUUAAACUACUGUUAGACCCUUAAAUCGUUAGUAUGGAGAAUAUGUACUAAAGCACAAAACUUACAGUAAUGAUAAUAUAUUUUUUAUGUAUAUUGGGGGAAAAGUUCCAUCCAUGCACAAUGUAUAAAGUUUUGUACAGCAAGAAAGCAUUCAAGUUUACUUUCAAAUAAAACAGUUAAUACAGAAA